AUGGUAUAUCCUUCUGCGGCACCAUCAGCCUACACGGCCGCCUACCUGGACGAUUUCAUCGUCCAGGUCCGAGCGCAGAUUCUCGUGACCCGAUCAGCACCCCACAACAUGACAAACGCCGCACCUGGGAACACCAGCACGAUCAGCGCACCAGCACUUCCCACUUUCCGACCGACUAACUUAUUAAGAUGCGGUUUUAUUUUUGGUGUGUAUAAUGUGGAUACAAAUGCAGUGAAGUCAGUAUCAGUGACUAAAAGAGAUUCUGUCACUCUAAACACUGAUGUUACUGAACUACAGAGAGAUGAUCAGAUAUUGUGGAUGUUUGGACCUCGAGACACUCGUAUAGCAGAAAUCUAUAAGCAGAUCAUUUCUGUUUAUGAUAAAAAAGAAAAAUUCAGAGAUAGACUCAACGUGGAUAGUCAAACUGGAUCUCUGACCAUCAAAAACAUCAGAAAUGAACACUCUGGACUUUAUAAACUACAGAUCUUCAGUCAAAGAGGAACUUCAUACAAAAGAUUCAAUGUGACUGUUUAUGCCCAUUUGCCCAUUCCACAAAUCACCAUUACUCAAAAUCAUCAUCAUCCUUCAAACCAGUACUGUCCAUCAUCAUCAUCAUCUUCAAACCAGUACUGUUCACUGCUGUGUUCAGCUGUGAAUGUGAGUGCUGUGACUCUCUCCUGGUACAAAGGAAACAGUUUAUUGUCCAGCAUCAGUGUGUCUGAUCUCAGCAUCAGUCUCUCUCUACCUCUGGAGGUGGAAUAUCAGGAGAAAAACACCUACAGCUGUGUGCUCAACAAUCCCAUCAGAAACCAGACUCAACUUCUCAACAUCACUCAACUCUGUCAUAUGUGUGAAGCUCCUCCCUCAGACCCUGUCCAGUGUUGUGGUUUCACUGAAGCUGUGAUCCGAUUGGUUGUCUCUGCUGUGGUGGGCGUGGCGGCUUUUGCUGUGGUGGUUUAUUACAUCAGAUCCUGAGCUAAACAGAAGAGGAGAGAAGAAAUAUAUGACUCUAAGAAAGUGUCUUUGGUGUUUCUGAAAAAUGAAAAAGGCUCUAAUUUCAAGUUUAUGUAGAUGAAUAUUAUAAGAAAAGUAUCAGAAAACAUUACAAAGAAAAUGUGUCUGUGGUGGAUAUUAGACAGAUUUAACCAGGCUUAGACAUAGCAGCAGUUCACCAUGUAGAUUUGGUUUGAUUUGUCAUUUAAGAUUCAUAUCAAUGCAGUUAACUAAGGAGGGAACUCUUUUAUACAAAACCUGGAUGAGGGGGAAAAGUUUCUACUGGAAAAAAGUGUUAGAGAUGCCAGCAGGUGGAGCUCACCAUGUGCUUCUAUGUUUAAGCUGAUGCUGAAGGCUUAAAAAGAAAUGACAACAAUGUCAGCAAAAGUGUAGAUGGUCCAGUUGCAGUUUGUACACUCAUUAUUUGAUUGCUGUUUAGUUACAGCUUGGAUUAAUUCUUUUUUUAGGCGAAGCCUCAUAUAAAUGCAGUACCUCAAACCUCAGAGUUGUGUGAAGACUGUGCUCCCCCCUUCGCAUGCCAUUUUUUGUUGAGGUGUAAAUUUAUAUCUAUUUGGUGUGGUUUGUAUGCUGGAAAAUUAUGCUCUCCCCCUCACGUUUUUUUCUGGUUUCUCAAGUUGUACUAAACAGAUGCACCAUCGGUAAAUAGUGAUCACUUAUAGUAUUGUUCACAUGUCUAUAUGAGUCUAAAUGUCAGUGAUUGUUAAUGGACAUUUAAAUGUCCCACUAUUGUUUAUCUUACAGUCAUGUGAUUCAAUAU